UUAGUAUUAUUAUGCAAACUAUAGAAACAAAAUAGAGCUGGAAAAUGAAAUACUCUUUGCGUUCAGCAAAUGCUGCCACUUUUCAACUCCUAGCUAGCUUUCUUGGAGGAACCCUGUCAAACCUUGGGGACGAUUGAGCAAUGGCAGUUGCUUCCAGAGGGAGAGCUGAGCUUACGUCGAAGACGAGCCCAGAGAGGACAAUGGUGUGGACUGAGCCGAAGCGGAGAGCAAAAGCUCAAGUGGUUUACUACCUCUCGAGGAAUGGCAACCUCGAGCAGCCUCAUUUCGUGGAGGUUCCUUUCUCUACUGUAGAAGGGCUCUACCUCAGAGACGUCAUCAGCCGUCUCCAUGUUCUCAGAGGCCGGGCCAUGGCGGACAUGUACUCCUGGUCUUGCAAGAGGAGCUACACAAAUGGCUAUGUGUGGCAUGAUCUGUUGGAAGAUGAUUUCAUCCACCCUGUUCAUCGGAAUGAGUACGUGCUCAAAGGAACACGGAUUCUGGACUUCUACUUCUCUUCUACUCCCUCGGCCUCCGUGGAAAGCUCCGCCUCUUCCUCCAUCAGUUCCGGGAAGUCUGUGGAAGCCUCGAAACGCGCGCAAGAUGACACCUUUCUCUCUUCCGCCGUCAAGUCGAGUGACGCGUCCACGCAGACGGACGAGCACAGGCGGCAUCGCCGGCGAGCUACUCCGACCGACGAGAAGCCAAAGACAUUGACAACGGUAGAGAACCCCGCCACCGAACUCAGCCAAGACGAGAUCUCGCCGCCGCCACUGUCGUCGUCGAGCCCGGAGACGCUAGAAGCGCUUAUCAAGGCGGACAGCUACCGUAUCGUGGCGGCAGAGCCGGAGCAGAAGGAGAGGGCGGAGGGCGGCUGCUUAAGCGGAAGAGUGAAGGCCACGGAGGUGCUGAUGCAUCUGAUCUCGUGCGGUUCGGCCUCGGUGAGGACCAGCGGGCUGUCGUUGAUGCCGCAGUACAGCGGAGGGCUGGACCGAGCGGAGUCCAUGGGACACUUCCCGAGCUUUCGGGCCAUGAGAGUGGAGGAGGUGUGCUUCAGUGGGAGCUUGGUGGAGACCAACAAGCCGGCGGCGGGCGGGAACGGCGACGAGAUGCCAAGCUUGAAGAGGUCCUCAUCUUACAACGCUGAUAGGGGCUUGGAGAUGGAUGAUCCUGCGAAGGAGAACGAAGAGGUACGUGGUCGAUGCGUGCCAAGGAAGCCCAAGUCGAGAAAUGAAGGGCGAACUCACAAGUAGCUAGAUCAAGCCCGUGCUCUAAUUUUGAAGUCGAUGAGAGCAAUUAGCAUGCAUCAGUCUAAAAUGAAGUCCUAUCUCGUUUAAUUUUCCAGCUGCUAUAUAUCAUUCUCAAGUCUGAUUAAUAUGAGAAUAAGCUCGAUGAAUGUUAGUUCUCAAAUCCAGGGGCGUCCUCGUUUGUGUUCUUCGACAUCAACGAGAACCCUCCUUGUUACUUAUGACAAGAAGCCAAGUGCAUUGCACCAGCAGCAUGUUAAAUUCCUCAUGGUGUUUUAAUGUGUAUAAAUAUUCAGGAAUUUAGAAAAAUAUACAUGUAUCUGAUGACCAA